AUAAGCAGCGUGCGUCACUGUCGUAACGAACAAGGCACAGUGUUUGAAAUCGUUGCAGCCCGAAAAGGCACUUUUUUGUACAGUUCUGACUGGUGUGGAAUUGCAGGAGUUUGUGGAUACAUUAUUAGCAGCGAGGCAUCUGUCAUAGUGGGAGACUUUGUUAAGCAGCUGAAUUUUUUUUUAUUUGGGGUUUUUCUUUUUUAUCCAAACUGUCAAGCGUGACUAGGAAGUUGAGAGUACCUGAACUGGAUGCGUUACAGACUGCAAGCAAGGACUUCACCUUAUUUGCAGUAAUAUUGGACCUCGAACAGUAGUGUGGACUCUUGCAUCGAUCCUGCCUUACAUUGACUGUUUUAACGCUAUGGCUACCGUGACAGGAAAACCAAUAGUCAAACAGUCUGGUGGCGCCUGUGCUGCCCCCGCUGCAGCAGCCGCUGACCCCAGCAAGUUGGCCGUUGUGAAGGAGAUCCCUGAUGUGCUGGUAGAUCCCCGCACCAAGAAGAGAUAUUUGAGAGGACGCUUUCUGGGUAAAGGUGGCUUCGCCAAAUGCUACGAGAUCACUGACAUGGACACGAAGGAAAUAUUUGCAGGCAAGAUUGUGCCCAAAUCACUGCUGCUGAAGCCUCACCAAAAAGAAAAGAUGUCCAUGGAGAUCUCUAUCCAUAAGAGCCUAAACCAUCCGCACGUAGUGGGCUUCCACGGUUUUUUUGAGGACAGUGAUUUUGUGUUCGUUGUGCUCGAACUGUGCCGCAGACGGUCUUUAUUGGAGUUGCACAAGAGGCGAAAAGCAGUCACCGAUGCUGAAGCUCGUUACUUCCUGCGGCAGACUAUUCUUGGCUGUCAGUACCUGCACAGUAACAGAGUUAUCCACAGAGACCUGAAGCUGGGAAAUCUGUUUCUUAAUGAUGAUAUGGACAUCAAAAUAGGUACUUGGGGCUGGACAAGCAUGGAUUUUGAUGGAGAACGAAAGUCCACUUUCUGUGGGUAUCCCAACAGCCUAGCUCCUUCUCAAAGGGGUAAACAAGGACACACACUCUUCUACAACAACUGGUGUUUGUGGUGUCUAGUGUACACACUGCUGGUGGGGAAACCUCCCUUUGAAACAUCUUGCCUCAAGGAGACCUACAUGAGAAUCAAGAAGAAUGAAUAUAGUGUACCUAAGACUGUUGACCCUGUAGCAACUGCACUUAUUCAGAAGAUGUUACGGUCAGAUCCUACCACUCGACCUACAAUCGAAGAACUGCUGAACGAUGAGUUUUUCACAGGAGGCUACAUACCUUGCAGACUGCCUACCAGUUGUCUCACUAUCCCACCUAGGUUUUCCAUUGCACCUAAUGGAUUUGAAACUGCUAGUGUGAGGAAACCUCUUGCUGCAUUAAAUAAAGCACCUGGAAGCCCAUCAUCAGGUGAUAAGGUAUUUGGGAAACAAGAGGAUGACGCAGCAUUAAAGGAAGCACGGGAGGCUGAUGACUGCUACCUGUCUGAUCUGUUGGAGCAGCUGCUCAGUAUUCUGUCAGCCAAGCCAUCUGAGAGACCUGUUAUUAGGCAAGAAGAAGCAGAGGAUCCUGCCUGCAUUCCAAUAUUCUGGGUCAGUAAAUGGGUGGAUUACUCUGACAAAUACGGUUUGGGUUACCAGCUCUGUGACAACAGUGUAGGUGUCCUUUUCAAUGACUCCACUCGUCUUAUUAUGUAUGCUGAUGGGGACAGUCUUCAAUAUAUUGAAAGAAACAAUUCUGAAUCCUAUUUCUCUGUUCGAAUUUACCCUCCUACCCUGAACAAAAAGAUAACCCUGCUGAAAUAUUUCCGAAAUUACAUGAGUGAACAUCUCCUGAAAGCUGGGGCAAAUAUCACUCCACGAGAGGGAGAUGAAUUGGCACGCUUACCCUACCUGCGGACUUGGUUCAGGACUAGAAGUGCAAUAGUGUUGCAUUUAAGCAAUGGAACUGUACAAAUAAACUUUUUCCAGGACCAUACAAAAAUCAUUCUCUGUCCUCUCAUGGGUGCUGUUACAUACAUCAAUGAGAAGCGAGAAUUCCACACAUUUAAAAUGAGCCUUUUUAAAGACUAUGGCUGCAGCAAAGACCUUGCUAGUAGACUACGUUAUGCCCGUACAAUGGUGGAGAAGCUAAUAAGUUCAAAGUCUGGCUCAGCCCGCAUGAAGCCUUCUGCAUAGUAAUGGAACAGAGCAAUGGCAUAUGUACUUGCCAGAAAAGAACUAUUGAAAGAACACUGCUGAGUCACUAAGAAAAAUUUUAAUUUGAUGCAAAAGGACCCAAAACGUGGUGGAAUAUGUAUGAAAUUUGUAUAUCCAGGAAUCUUUUAAAAGUGCGUAAUUUGGGCCACCUGCAUUCUGUACUUCGAUGAACAGCAAGUAGAAGAAUUUCACAUGAACUCUUCCUAGUUGCAGUCAUUCCUUUGGUCAGGCAUUAAACUUGACCUUUCCUUGUGACGGAUGUUUAAGGUAGAAUGUUGUAAAUUAUCUUAAACAUCAUUCCUGUUUUUUCUACAUUUAAAGGUGUAAAAUAUGUACUAAUGGAGCUGUUAGCAUAAGUAAAACAUCAUGUAAAUUGUAUGUUUCUGUUUAUCCUUUUCACUGGUCUUGUCUGUCAACAAGUCUUUAUAACUGUUUGUCGUUUACUAUGUUUGUGUUCCAUGCUGGUCUUUGGGAACAAUGUUUUAAGUUGAGCCCAUUUACAGAGGAAAAGAGGCUAUUUACAGACCCCAUUUUCUUUUCUAAAUAUUUUUGUGUAAUUUGGGAUUAAAGUACUUAAAAAAAAUGUUUAA